ACCGCCAGCAGAAGAGAAAGGGAAGGUGAAGAAAGUGAAGGAAAGCAUGGCGAAGUCAAAAAAGAAGGACUCCAUCACCAGCGCUGAGGAUAAGAAGAUACGGAAGGAGCUCGAUGCAGCCGACAAACUUGUGGAUGAUGGUGACUAUGACACAGCCCUGAAGAAGUUUGACGCCCUGCUGGACAUUUUCCCCAACAGCCCGCGAGCGCUGUACGGCCGAGCUCAGGCCGAGGACAAGGUGGCCGAGAAGUGGAAGAGCAACGAGUGGCUGCAAACUUGCAUCGACACCUACGGCAAGGUACCAUCACAGAAGAACUGUCCCAAAGAGCUGAAGAAACAGGCACUAAUGCGGCAGGCCAAUCGCCUCUCCUUUUACGGAAAGCUGCGUCAGGCAGUAAAAGCCAUGGGCCGUCUGAACGAGCUUGUCCCGGGAGAACCGGAGAUCCUCAACCAACUGGGAGUGUCAUAUCUCAUGGUGGGGAACAACAACGCUGCCAAGAGGGUGUUCGGGGAGGUGAUGCAGAUUCGCCCAGAAGACGGUUUUGCCCAGGUGCAUCUGGGCUUCAUCCUGAAGUCAGAGACUCGGUACGACGAGGCGAUACCGUUACUGAGGGAGGGGAUCCAGACAGGGGAGGAGGGGACCAUCGAUGGGAGGUUCUUCUUCCACCUCGGGGACGCCCUGUACAGGACAGGACAGCCAGAGGAGUACUGGUACAAGAAUGGAGCUGACCGGGGCCUGUUUGCGUCAAUGUACCAGCGAUCGCUGUACAACGAGCCCAACCUGCGAGCUCAGCCCUUCUGGACACCGGAGGACGGGGGAGACAAUUUCAUCCGUGCUGUUAAAAGACUUGAGAGUAGCUGGCGUAUCAUUCGAGCCGAAGGUCUGAAGAACAUGGACGCUGAGAAGGGAGUCUUUCUGCCAGAGGAGGAGAACCUGAAGAACACUGGAGACUGGAAACAGUUUACACUAUUUCAGAGAGGUAAGAAACAGGAAGCUAACUGCAAAAGAGCACCAGAAACCUGUUCCAUCAUCAGCUUCAUCAAAGAUGCUACUGGCUGCACCAGGGGACAGGUGAAGUACUCUAUCAUGCAGCCAGGCACCCACGUCUGGCCUCACACUGGCCCCACUAACUGCAGGUUACGCAUGCAUCUGGGACUGGUCAUACCUAAAAAUGGCACCAGGCUACGGGUGGCAGAUGACAUCAGAACAUGGCAAGAAGGAAAAGUCCUCAUCUUUGACGACUCCUUCGAGCACGAGGUUUGGCAGGAGGCUGACUCCUACCGCAUGAUUCUUAUUAUCGACAUGUGGCAUCCUGACCUCACAGACAAACAGAAGAAAACUCUAACACCCAUCUAAGUUCACAGCUUUGUGUUAGCCUCUACCAGGCUUCAGAGGCUUCUUUUACUUUUUAGAUGGUCAACUUGAUGUAUAGAGUUCCACGUAAAUCUGAAAUGAAUUUUGUAGUUUUUAGUGUAUCUGUUUCUUUGUUUGCUUGUGUUUCCAUAAUUAUGUCCGCAUGCAAGAAACUCCAAGGACACUGGCAGGCCAAAGGUUGCAGAAAUAUUUAAUUUCUUCAAUUUCUUGCUGUAUGCAUGCUGUUGCUAUGGGGGCCAGUGGAAAACAGAAUUGACAUGAAAUUUGCAAUAAUGACUUAUUAUUCACUUCACAGUACUUAUUAUUGUUCUUCAUAAUUAGUAAAAUAAUUUUGUUUUUUUCCUCUGAUACGUGGUGCUUUUGAAAUAUGAAAAGUCAGCUAAAAUUUUACGAUAUUGUUAAUCUUACAUUCCAGUGCUACAUUAAGUAUUAUAUAUACAAAGUCUUGUAAGCAUACAUGUACAAAAUGCUGUUAGUUACAUGUACAUGUAUUAUGUUCGAUACUGUGCAAUUUUAGCAGUAGUUUUACAUAUCUGUUAAGUUUAUUUCUAUUUUUAAUGUCUAAGUGGAGCUGCUAGAAUGAUCAGCAUUAAGUUUCAGCUAACCUAUAUUUAUGUUAAGUUACUAACCUAUUGAUAACUUUGCUGUUAUUAACUAAACUUACUGUUGCUUGUGUUAAAUGAUAAUGUCUAUCAUAAAGUCAUUUCAUUGUUUUUAAUUGUUGCUGUUAUAUUGUGGCACAGAGAGCUUUAACAUUGUUUGCUAUUUGAGUAUGUUCAAACAAAUUUUAAUAUGUUGUUGCUCCUAUAUAGAACUUGUUGACUUGUUGAAACUCACGUAAAAUUGUUUUUCCCUAUAUUAA